AUGGCUCAUUCGAGGCGCUCACCACACCAUAGAGUAUCUUCGUCGUCGACCAGCUCACCAUCAUCUUCCCGCAAGAAAUAUUACCUUAGGCGCGCCACAUCCCGUUUAGUUUCCCACGAGGCAAUCCCGUCAAUAUCCUCUCCAGUUGCUCAACGGCCCGUCCUGGCUGCUCUUCAUCCCAACCUUCGCCGCUUGCCCUCACGAAUUUUCGCCCAAAAGGAUCAAGAGAAAAACAUGCGCGAGUCAAGUCAUAUUGUUCAAGUAGGCGCCAAGCGAAAACGCGUCGCGAACACUAAUGAAAACGCGCGCACUUAUGGCACGCGUUCUGGCCGGCUGAAGCGCCUUCGGUCCGCUUCUGGCACCACGAAACAUUACUCUUCAACCAGCGAAGAGAGUGGGUCGGAUCUCGGCGAGAUGGAAGUUGACUCCCCUUCCGAACAACGUUCUGAUGACUCAGAACCGGGUGAUCAAGAAGAAGAACAGGAGGAGGAUGCAGAACAGGAAGAGGAGGAGGAGGACGGUUCGACGGAUGAUUGCCUCCUCCACUCUGCCCCACUCAACCGACUUAAUCGUCUUCGCAAACCCGAUCUUAUUCGCUUGUACAAUGUCGCUGGCUUGCCAGAUGAUCCUGAAUUACUUACCAAGUCUGAGAUCACAGACGCAAUUGUCGCUGCCCGAGACGACGUAGCAUCGCUUCCCCCCUCUUCUCCGCCAGGUAAGGGAGACGGUGCAUCGUCAGAUUACUCAAGCGACGAUGGUAAUGUUGCAGGUGACGAGGAAACCGAUGUUGGCUCUCAGUUGACGCAGUCAGGACCUGGGACACUGCGGAGACGUGUAACGCAUGACUGGGGCAAAACAAUCGGACGUCCACUCAAGGGCCGUAGUUUAUCUAUGGGACACUUAUUGGGACCUGUGGAAGGGUCAAACCCGGUUGGCUUACAGCGUAAGUCCUCGACACGAUUGAGUGGUGAUUCAGGUGGCAGCAGUUCGCGACGGAGAACAUCCAACAGGUCUUCUCCCACAACUUCCACCGCUCCAUCAACCACAGUACAAUCUCCACCUGCCACCCGUUUGCGAUCGCGCAAAGUAUCUACCUCAACCUCUGUUGCCAACGCUCAAUAUACAGCUCCUACGUCUCCGAGUACGAGCAAAGGGAAAGGAAAAGGCAAGGCGAAGCAAGUUGAAUUCAGCAAUGAGGUAGACGUUCUUCCUACAACUCCUCCAAAGCGCUCCAUCAAAGAGAGGGAGAAGGAAAGGGAACACUUUUUGACGCUUGGUGAUGAAAGCGAUCUCACCGAGCUUGAGGAACUUGAGCAAUCUUUGAGCACAUGGCAGAAUCAGGUCAGCCCUCGACGAUUACGUAGCAAGGAUCGGGAUAUAGAGAAGACAAAGGAGAAGGAUGGCGAGCAACAUGGUCAGGACGUAACCCCUGUCGCCAAAGGGCGACGCGCGAAGAAGGGUGUUUCUAACCGACCAGAAGUGCCUCCUUUGAAUGGGGAGGUUAACGGGAAGAACCUACGGAUAACUCCUAGUCGCAAAGCGAAAGGGAAAAUCGGAAGUCCAAGGGAGUCAGAGAUUGAGGAAGAACAUUUGGAUGAAGAUGAAGAGGAUCAGCUCGUGGAAGAAGAGGAGGACGAGGAAGUAGGGGAGGAUCAAGACCUAGAGGAAGAAGAGGAAGUGGACGAGCUUGUAUCGUCUGCUUCCAUAACACCACCCCAUUCCAUCGGACGACGCACUCCGCUCAGACGGCGGCUAAGGCCAAGGCGGACACAACCAACAUCGACGCGGAGUGACAAUGACGCCGCUGACGAGGGCGAUGAUGAAGGGGAGGGGGAGCCAGAGGAGGAGAUUGAGGAUGAGGUUCAGUAUGAGGACGAGGAGGUUGAGGAAGAGGACGAACCAGUCAGCUCUGUUGAGCCUAGGAAGUUGCGAAGUGGAAAGAUCGUUGGGGAAGAGGAUGUGGAAAUGGAGGCCGAGGAGGAGGAUGUAGGGGAUGAGGAGGCAGAAGAGGAUGGUAAUGAUGUUGAGGAGGAUGGUGACGAUGAGGAAGAUGCUGAGGAUGAAGUAGAAGAGGAUGGGGAUGUUGAGGCGGAGGAUGUCGAUGUCGACGCCGAUGGUGAUACCGAUGAGACUAUGGAAGAAGAUGUUGAUUUGACCGUCGCCACAGCUAGGACGCUGGUACGCCUUCGCAGAGACGAUCUAGUCCGCCUCUGCGAGACCCGAGACCUUGACCCGGUGGGAACCAAACCCCAGCUUGCAGAGGCCCUUCUUCAGUGGCGUGAUCGGCACGCCAAUGAUUUCUCUUCACCCUCCUCCACAGGAACAGUUCGGCCGCCAUCUACUAGCAGGAAGCGCCGUCGAACGAAGGGAAGACAACAGUCCAGCGCCAGGACCACUCCAGUAUUGCCCUGUUCUGAGCAAAUACAACCUGACGAGACGCCCAUUCCUAGCAAAGAGAAGGAGGACGAGCUUGAGCUUGAUCUUGAAAGCUUGGGUUUAGAAGAUAGGGAGAUACCUCCCGAAAAGCUGCAGAAGCUUGAGAAGAUCGGAAGUGGAGGCUUUAAGGACGUCUUUAUCGGCAAAUUCAAGGGUCGAAGAAUCGCUAUUUCCGAAUUCAGAGGACAGUUGAGUUCGAUGGAUAUCAAAGAGCUCAAACUUCUUGGAGGGUUCGACCAUCCAAAUAUCGUGAGAUUUCUUGGGGUUAGUAUACCGGAGAACACGAAAGAGACCCCAGUCAUGAUUGUUAGCGAACUCUGCUCAAAUGGUGACCUAUUCGAUUACGUCCGAAAUGUGGGCCCUCCAAGCCUUCACAAAGUGCUAAUGAUGAUGCUGGAUAUCGCCCAAGGGUUGGAAUACCUUCACAAGCGAAAGCCAUCUAUCAUUCAUAGGGAUUGCAAGUCUUCUAAUAUCCUCAUCACGGCCAAGGGGAUUGCGAAGAUUGCAGACUUUGGGCUUGCCAAGGUGAAGCAGUCAACACGAUCCAUGGUUCGCAGCUUGGUCGGUACUGUCAACUGGCAAGCGCCAGAACUCUGGCAUGCGCACCCGAAAUAUAACCAUAAAGUGGAUGUAUUCUCUUGCGCAAUGGUGUUCUGGGAGAUGCUUCAGUGGCAUCUUCCGAACAAGAAAUUCCCCUGGGAGGGAAUGAAUGAGCAUGCCAUUUAUGAAGUAGUCGGAACAAAACGGCAGCGUCCGCCAUUGACUGGCCUUCGAAAACAGUGGUGUCCAGAGAUAGUUGAUCUCAUAGAGCGCAUGUGGGCACAAGAACAUGCCGACCGGCCCACAAUGUCGGAAGUGGUAGAAGCACUUCAAGAAUUGGUGUCCACACACUAA